AUGAGUGAGGAUCCUUCUUUUGUCACUCUGACGCUCCAGCAGCGCAUUGCCGCGUUGAAUGCUGCCCAUAUUGGCCGAAUACCUGGAGAGCUGCCCCGGCCCUCGUCUCACCCUCCUCCUCCGGUCCCUUCCAGGCGUCCCCUAAUUGUCAAGCAAAACACCAUCAACAACCCGCCGGAACAGCUCAAUGGCUCCGUCACCGACUCACGACCAGGCAAUCAAGCUGCUCCUCCACCUCCGGCGAGAAAACAGCCUCCGCCCCUGCCCUCGCGAAAUCCCCCGCUUGAAGAACAGAGGAGGAGCUCGGUGACAUCGAUCAAUUCCAGUGGGACAAAUGACACAGCCUCCUCGAGGGCCACCACUACUCGUACCAAGUCUACAGACUCCGGCAGCCGAAUCAAAGCACCCGCAUGGGGCGAGUGCGAACUGCCUUCCCUGCCUCCUCGGAAUGGUAAUCCACAUGUAGUCACCAGGAAACACUCAGACGACCGCCCCAAAUAUGUCAAUCGAGCACCCUCAAGCACAACGCUUAUUACCACAUCCACCACUGCGGAAGCCAAACCUGCUCCUCCUCCACGGCCGUCCCUUCCACCGAGACUCCCAUCCCGCAAGAAUGAGACGGAACACCGGGAACAUGCCGGGGAUACUCAGCCUAGGAAGAUGCCUCCCGUUCCCUCGGUCGAAUCCAUUGAAAAGGCGAAGAAAGCAGCAUUCUUCUACAACAAUCCAAAGGAACAACCACAUCACCAGGAGCCGGUCGCUGUGAUGGAGCCAGUUCAGCUGCUGCCAAAGGAGUCAGGGUCACUACCCUUGCGAGAGCAUGGAUUACCACCGCCAGCCAGGGAAAAUGGACCCAUCUCGUGGGCAGAGACCAUGAUGGGUCACUUGAGAGGUGCCCAGCCAGCUCCGCCUCCGGUUCCAAAGUCCUCUCGACCAGAUCUCUCGGCCAUACAGGCGACUAAGCCCAAAUUUUCUGCGAGCACCGUUUCAGUAAAUGGCAAUCUGUCACCUGUGUCCAGUGUUUGUCUCGUUUGCCGUGACUUCUCUGGUCCUGAUCAUCAAGCCACUCUUUUCCCCAGAACUCAAGUUACUUCCUUGCAGACUUUAGCUCAUCAACUGACCUCUCCAUUUCCAUCUCCAACCGACAAGGCACGCGCAAUUUUUACUUGGCUGCACCACAACAUUGCCUACGACGUUGUCAGCUUCUUCAAUAACAACGUAAGAGGAUCGACGCCACAGUCAACUCUGCAAAGUGGACUGGCAGUCUGUGAAGGCUAUGCUGCCCUUUUCACAAACCUAGCAACCUACGCUGGUCUAGAAUCUGUUGUCAUUUCGGGUCACGGCAAAGGCUAUGGAUUCAAUCCCCUCCCGCCAGGAGCACCUCUUCCCCCAUACAAUGCAGGCCAUGCAUGGAACGCUGUCAAAAUCGACCAUGGAGAAUGGAAACUAAUCGAUGCUUGCUGGGGAGCAGGUUACGUCCAAGGCGCUGGUCGCCCUUACGUGGCUAAGUUCAACCCCGACUUCUUCACCAUGUCGAACGAAGAAUUUGCGGUGAAGCAUUUCCCCGGCAACAAAGACCAGUUUUUCCUUCCUGGAGGGCGGCGCAUGAGCUGGGAAGAAUAUAUCGUGAUCGACCCUGCCUGCUGGCCUGACAUGGUCGAAGGACCUACGAUAUUUACAAACGCAAAGGAAGACUACUCGAUUGGUGAGAAGACGGUAUAUCCCCGAGCGAGAAAGAUCAACGUCCGGCAACCAGAUAGUGUCCGAUUCCAGUUUGGUCUCAGAUGCGCGCACUGGACGUUGGAACGACACACACGGAAAGGGCCACCGCCUGUGUUCCUCGUCUCGAUCAAUGGAGUUGACGGCCGAGAUAAGGAUCUUGUGCCCAUGGACUACUAUCCCGGACCGAUGGGACAGGGUGGUGAUGUGUGGGUGGUGGACAUCCCAGCUCGCCAGCUAGGGGCUCCGGGGCAGACCAUCACGCUGUUUGCCGUUACGACUUUUGGUAAUAGACAGGAUGCUCGAGGCCUGACAGUGAUGGAAUUUCGCGAAGGGAAGGGCAGAGUUGGGAUGGGAUUUACGGGCGUCGCGGCUUGGGACUUGGUUUGA